AUGGCCGACGCCCUUUCCAUCGAACAAAACAACAAGAUCCGGGUGGCGCUGGGGUUGAAGCCCCUCCCAGUCCCGGGUCAGGACGCCACCGCCGGCCCUGUCUUCAAGGAAUCCGACGAUUCGAGCUCUGGUUCUGAGGAUGAUGAGCCGGCCAGCACCCUGGAGACGCGGGAGGCCGCCGCGUCGUCCAACUGGAAGAAACUGCAGGAUGAGGCGGAAGCGAAACGCAAACGAGAGGAACGCAACGCCGCCAUCAAGAAAGCGCGGGAACAGGCGCAGCGGAAUAUGAAACUCGAGGGCGCGACCCUGGGCGAAGCCAACGAUGCCGACAUGGACACCAAGACGUGGCUGCUGCAGUCGAAGAAACGCCAGAAGAAGAUCGAAAAGGAGCGGGCGCGCAAACUCGCGGAAGAGUUGGAAGAGCGCGAGCGUGCGGCCGAGUAUUCGGCGGCGGAUCUGGCGGGGUUGAAAGUCGGACACGAAGUGGGCGCGUUUGAAGGUGGCGAAGAGCAUAUCCUUACGUUGAAGGACACCACCGUGGACGAAAACGAGGAGGAAGGCGACGAGUUGGAGAACAUUGACCUGCGAGAGAAGGAGAAGGUUGCAGAGAAGCUGGAGCUGAAGAAGCGCAAGCCGGUCUACGAUCCUACGGAGGAGAACUCCGGGAUUCUCGCCCAGUACGACGAGGAGAUCGAAGGAAAGAAGCGCAAGCGAUUUACUCUCGAUGCGCAAGGGUCGACGGUGGAAGAGCGGGAAGCCAAGCGCCAGGAAGUAUCGGACAAGCUGAAGAAGAACAUCGUCAGUCUGGACUUUGCAGAGGAGACGACGCCCAUCUCCGACUAUAUGGACGUGAGCGAAGUGAAGAUCAAGAAACCCAAGAAGAAGAAGAGCAAGGCGACCAAGAAGCGAGCAGUGCUCGACGACGAUGAGAUUUUCCCGACGACAGAGUCGAACGGGAACGGCACGCCAAACGACAAUGCGAUGGAGGUGGAUACCAGUAACGGCGAGCCUGUUCCCGCCCCUGCGCCGCGAAAGUGGGCUAGCGAGGAUGUCUCGUUCGUGGACGAUGACGACCUCCAAGCUUCCCUGACGCGCCAGAGACGGGCGGCGUUCAAGAAACGGCAGAAGAUGCGCCCCGAAGAUCUUGCACGACAGCUACGAGAAGAGAGUUCGCAAACGCCAAUGGACGUGAGCACGCCGGGCGACGAAGAAGAAGAGCCCGGUUUGGUUAUUGAUGAGACUUCCGAGUUCGUCUCCAACCUACAGAAGCCUACGAUUCCCGAACGCCGAGAGCGACAGACCACCACACCUGCGGAGGACACUCGAGCGAAGACCGAAGAGCCGGAGAUCAAGGCGGAGGUGGAUGAAGGAGGCGACGUGCACAUGGGCACAUACAAUGACAUCGAGGACGAAGAGGAGUUGAAAGAGCGCGUCAAGCGGGAGGAGUCCCAGGCGAACCAGCAGAUCAGCGUCACAGGUCUGGAGGAGGAAGCCACUUUGGACCAAGGCCUGGGAGCGACGUUGUCGAUGCUGAAACAGCGUGGACUGGUGAAGGACUCGGACGCGGCGGAUCACAACUCGCUGGUUCGGGAUCGGCAGCGGUUCAUCCAAGAGAAGCACCGGCUGGAGACGGAAGCGGAGAGACGCGCCCGUCAGCAGCGGGAGCGCGACCGAAUGUCGGGCAAACUGGAUCGCAUGUCGGCGCGCGAACGCGAGGAGUACGCCCGGUGGGAGAACAAGCAGCGCGACCAGCAGGAUGCGCGACACAUGGCGGAGGUGUUCAACCGCGAGUACAAGCCGGAUGUGCAGUUGCGGUAUAUUGACGAGUACGGUCGGUCGAUGAACCAGAAGGAGGCGUUCAAGCACCUGAGCCACCAGUUCCACGGUAAGGGCAGUGGCAAGAUGAAGACAGAGAAACGGCUGAAGAAGAUCGAGGAAGAGAAGAAGCGGGAGGCGAUGAGUGCGUUGGACAGCAGUCAGCAUACAGGCAUGAACAACGCGAUGGGAGCGCAGGCGCGCAAGAACCGCCAGGCGGGCGUGCGAUUGGGAUAG